CGCGCACUCGGAGUGUCGGGCGGGCUGGCGGAGCGCGGACCGAGAGAGGAGCGUCGGACGGGCGGGUGGAGAGCGGGAGAGACGGCCGGUCGGCCCUGACUGACUGACUGACCGACCGACUGCAGGAUGAACGCGGCCAAGUCCCGUGAACACUUCGUGGCCAACGGCGGACUGAAAGUGUCCGUCUGGAGUAAAGUGCUGAACAGUAAAGCGGCCUGGGAGGAUAAGGAUGAGUUCCUAGAUGUGAUCUACUGGUUUCGUCAAAUAAUUGCAAUUGUUUUGGGUGUUAUCUGGGGAGUUGUUCCACUUAAAGGAUUCUUGGGAAUAGCAAUAUUUUGCUUGAUCAAUGCAGGGAUCCUCUACCUCUACUUCAACAGUUUCCAACAAGUGGAUGAAGAGGAGUACGGCGGAACAUGGGAAUUAACAAAAGAGGGAUUUAUGACGUCUUUUGCAUUGUUUCUGGUUGUUUGGAUUAUCUUUUACACUGCAAUUCACUUUGACUGAAGAUCAAAAACUGUCAUCAAUUCCUGCCAGUUGUAAAUUUUGAAAGGAGAGAAAUCAAACUCUUGGUGUACAUUAUAAAAACUUGCAGCAGCUCAAAAUCUUUUGUACCAUCAAAUCACGGGAUCUGUGAAGACUCCAUGGGACAGCUUGCAGGAAGUAAUAUUUCCACUGAUGUUGUUUUAAUGUCUGCAAUAAUGUAUGGAAUCUCCCAGGAAUCUAACAAGACGUGGAUCUCUUUGGCCACCACUGUUUUAAGAGAUGAGGCAGCAUUGAAGCACAGCUUCUCUGUAAUGCUGGUACUCUUGUAGUUAGUAUCUGUUUUAAUUUAAAUUAAUGUAAAUUACCUGUAGAAAUGAGAGAUGAAAUGUUAAUUUUUGACUUGUACAUCUUUCAGAGUUUGUAUUUCAGACUUUAUAAUGGAAAAUGAUUGCACCUUGGUAGCAUUAAAAUGACAACCCAAUACAGUUUUGUACCUGCUUUAAAGAUCAAAGUGGUUCAACUAGCAUUUCAAAUGACUAUCUGAUAAAAAUUUUGAUACCUGGA